CAACGACCAUUCUAAUUGCUUCUUUUACAUUUCAACGAACAAAACAGAUAUAUACAUAGAAAGAAACACAGAUACGCAGAUAUAGUAAAUGGCGACUAGUCGAUACAUCUUUGAGGUUGAGAAGGGAAAGCAAGGCGUCCAUGGAGGAAGUCCAUCGGUCGGUCCGGUUUACCGGAGUAUCUACGCUAAAGGCGGGUUUCCCGAACCGGCCGAUGAUCUCGUCAGUGCAUGGGAUAUUUUCCGAUUAUCUGUGAAGAAAUCUCCAGAUAAUCCUAUGCUUGGUCGUAGAGAAAUAGUUGAUGGAAAAGCUGGGAAAUAUGUAUGGCAAACUUACAAAGAAGUAUAUGAUGUAGUGAUUAAGCUUGGAAACUCUAUCAGAACUAUUGGAGUUGGAAAAGGAGAGAAAUGCGGUAUUUAUGGCGCCAAUAGUCCUGAAUGGAUUAUAAGCAUGGAGGCUUGCAAUGCUCAUGGACUCUACUGUGUACCUUUAUAUGACACUCUAGGUGCUGGAGCAAUAGAAUUCAUCAUUUGUCAUGCAGAAGUCUCACUCGCUUUCUCUGAGGAGAAAAAAAUCUCUGAGUUAUUGUUGACAGCUCCAAAAUCAACUAGAUAUUUGAAGAAUAUUGUGAGCUUUGGUGAGGUUACAAAUGGUCAAAGAGCAGAAGCUGAGAGGCAUGGAUUAACAAUAUAUUCGUGGGACCAAUUCUUGAAGCUAGGUGAGGGUAAACAUUAUGAAUUACCAGAGAAGAGAAGCAGCGAUGUUUGCACCAUAAUGUAUACAAGUGGCACAACUGGUGAUCCUAAAGGAGUCUUGCUUACAAAUGAGAGCAUUAUUCAUCUACUUGAAGGUGUUAAAAAAUUGCUUAAAUCUAUCAAUGAAGAGUUAACCAGUAAAGAUGUUUAUCUCUCAUAUCUACCUCUGGCUCAUAUCUUCGAUCGCGUGAUUGAGGAGCUGUGUAUAUCUGAAGCAGCCUCUAUCGGAUUCUGGCGAGGGGAUGUUAAGAUAUUGAUAGAAGACAUUUCUGCAUUGAAACCGACUGUUUUCUGCGCUGUUCCUCGCGUGCUAGAGAGAAUUUACACAGGUCUUCAGCAGAAACUUUCUGAUGGUGGUUUCAUAAAGAAGAAAUUAUUCAACUUUGCAUUCAACUUCAAACAUAAAAACAUGACGAAAGGGCAGCCUCAUGAACAAGCAUCUCCAAUGGCUGACAGAGUUGUAUUUAAAAAGGUAAAAGAAGGGUUGGGAGGAAACGUGCGUCUGAUCCUCUCAGGAGCAGCUCCUCUUGCAGCUCACAUCGAAUCUUUCCUUCGAGUUGUCGCGUGUGCUCAUGUUUUGCAAGGAUACGGUCUAACAGAGAGUUGUGGUGGCACUUUUGUGUCCAUCCCAAAUGAGCUUUCAAUGCUUGGAACGGUUGGUCCACCAGUUCCAAACGUUGACAUAAGGCUCGAGUCAGUUCCAGAGAUGGGUUAUGACGCUCUUGCAAGCAACCCACGUGGAGAGAUUUGCAUCAGAGGAAAGACUUUGUUCUCUGGAUAUUACAAACGUGAAGAUCUCACUCAAGAAGUCCUCAUUGAUGGUUGGCUUCAUACUGGUGAUGUUGGUGAGUGGCAACCAGAUGGAGCCAUGAAGAUCAUCGACCGUAAGAAGAACAUCUUUAAACUGUCUCAAGGAGAAUAUGUUGCGGUUGAGAACUUGGAGAACAUAUACAGUCAUGUCGCCGCCAUUGAAUCGCUAUGGGUAUAUGGAAACAGCUAUGAGUCUUACUUAGUGGCUGUGGUAUGUCCAAGCAAGAUUCAGAUUGAACAUUGGGCCAAAGAACACAGUGUUUCAGGAGACUUUGAGUCUAUCUGUCGAAACCAAAAGACUAAAGAGUUUAUCCUUGGAGAAUUCAACAGAGUAGCCAAAGACAAAAAGCUGAAGGGAUUUGAGCUGAUCAAAGGUGUUCAUUUGGACACGGUACCGUUCGACAUGGAAAGAGAUCUCAUCACACCUUCUUACAAGAAGAAAAGGCCUCAGCUUCUCAAGUACUAUCAGAAAGAGAUUGAUAAAAUGUAUAACAAAGACAAACAAUUGAAGCUUUGAGUGUAAAGAAAGGAAGUUGUUGGACAAGUCUCUCAGGUUUAUAUGUUUCUCUUAUCACUCUAAUUCAUAUUGUUAUAUGUCUCUCUAUGUUGUGUUAAUAUCGAAGUUGCUUGUGCCAAAUACAUUAGUUUUUUUUUUGCUUGUAAACAACCAAAUCUUUUUAUUGUACUCAACAUUAUCCUGUUUUGUGUAUUUGUAUUGAUAUUUUAAUAAAGUUCUCUGGCUAUGCAAUC